AUGUCCGGUCUACCGUCUACCUAUCAUUUGUACAACCCGGAGCAGAUUGGGUGGAGCUUGACCGUAGCUAGCGCGUAUUGCUCUACCUGGGACGCCGACAAGCCCUUGGCCUGGCGCCAGAAGUACGGUUGGACCGCUUUCUGUGGGCCGGUGACGAACAGGGGAACGGGCGCGCAGGAGACGGUGAGGAUAGUGGACCAGUGUAGCAAUGGAGGGCUGGAUUUGGACGUUGGUGUUUUCAGGAGGCUUGAUACUGAUGGAAAAGGGAAAGCUCAAGGCCACCUCAUGGUUGACUACCAGUUCGUCGACUGUGGAGACUAAGAUUGAUUCAACCCAAUACAUAUACAGAUACUAAGCUGCAGUUGAAACAUAUAUAGUUGUAUGACUACAGAAAAUGGAAUAAUAGGCA